GAAACCGGAAACUGGUGCCCUCCGAAAAGAAAUCCCCUGGACCAGCAGCAGUUUUCAAUCUACAGGGGGUGAAAUACAAUACAACAGGAGAGGAAUCCUAUCUGCCUCCGCGUUAUCGAGGGUGAAGCUGCAGUGGAAAAGUGUGCCGUGGGACAUUGCGAGAGAGAGAGAGAGACACACACCAGGCUGCUGUAAGCAGCGAAUCAGCAACAUCCCGACAGCAUGCAGGAUCCAAACGCAGACACUGAAUGGAAUGACAUUUUACGGAAAAAGGGCAUCCUCCCUCCCAAAGAGGAUCCAACUGAGGCAGCAGAGGAGGAGCUCAUUCAGCACCAGAAACCGGUUGUUAAAACAUAUGAAGACAUGACUCUUGAGGAGCUAGAGGAGAAUGAGGAUGAAUUCAAUGAAGAAGAUGAAAGAGCCAUUGAGAUGUACAGACAGCAACGGCUAGCCGAGUGGAAGGCAAACCAGAUGAAGAUGAUGUUUGGGGAGAUUUUGGAGAUCUCUGGGACUGACUAUGUGCAGGAGGUGACUAAAGCUGGCAAGGAUGUAUGGGUAAUACUGCACCUUUACAAACAGGGGAUACCUCUUUGUGCCUUGGUAAAUCAACAUCUGAGUGAACUAGCAAGGAUGUUCCCAAAGACUAAAUUUAUUAAAGCAAUAUCCACAACCUGUAUACCCAACUACCCUGACAGGAAUCUGCCAACAAUAUUUGUUUAUUAUGAUGGAGAGAUCAAGGCACAGUAUGUUGGACCCUUAGUAUUUGGAGGCAUGAAUUUAACAAAAGAUGAACUGGAAUGGAAACUGUCAGAUUCUGGUGCAAUCAAAACUGAACUAGAGGAAAACCCAAGAAGAAAAAUUGAAGAUAAAUUGAUGUCAUCUAUCAGAACAAGUGCUGCAUUGAACAGCAGCAGUGAUUCAGAAGACGAUUAGUUAUUUAAAUACAAUGGGGUAAAAUUUCCAUUCUGAGUGCAUUUGAUGAUUCCAAUGCAGAUUACAUCCAUGUUGAAAAGACUGUCUUUGAGUUUCCAGUCACUCUGUUUCCAUAUCACCGAACACAAAAUCUGUUAUGAAUUAGGCAACAUUUUUAAACACAUUUAAUGUAAUUCAAAAUUAAAUUUCUCAAAAUAUUUGUGGUAAAUCUGUAAAGCUUCAUUAUUGCGUCUGAAAAUAGAUUUGUUGUUCAAAAAAUAAACAUUUCAAAUCAGCCUCAA